AUGGGUCUCCGACAUCCUCACAAACCAUCAGAGUACCCCUCCAUACUAUUGUACAUACUCGACGAAACGCACAUCACAGUCACACUCGCUACUGCUAUUGUGCUGGUAUAUACUAGGAGCCCGCAUGUCGCUUGGUUCGCCUCUGGCGCCCUAGAGGCUUCUCAGCUCGCCAAAGGCAUCAAACUCCUCCUCCGUCGUCCCCGCCCUCCACCUCCCCCACCCUCCACAUCCAAGCCCUCCCGUAUCCGCCCCAAGAAGACAUACGGCAUGCCCUCUACGCACUCUACCGCCUUAACAUUCUACAUGGCCUAUCUCCUCCCUUUACUUCCCGCCCUCACUCCCUCUUUCGCUUCAUAUCUCGGUCUCUCCCCGUCCCUUACCCUUGGUGUGGCACGAAUAGCGUUAUUUGGCAGCUGGGCGGCAGGGCUCUGGAGUCGACAGGCACUGGGCUAUCAUACGGUCCCGCAGAUUGUCGUCGGGGCUGCGCUUGGCGCAGGGAUGGGAGUGGGAUGGAAGAGUCUUUGGGAGGUGGGGAAGGAGAGGGGGUGGGGAGUCGAAGAGGGGUUGGGAAGGCUGAUGGAGGGUGUUUGGGGGAUGACAUUUGGAAGGAUAUUCUGUUCAUGA